AUGGCUACUCAAUGCAAGAAUGCUCAUGAUGAUCAGUCCAUUAAUGGUUCAGUUGUGGACGUGAGACUUGCUGCACGUCAUUAUUGUGGAAAUGUCAUCAGGAAGAUGAUAUUCAACCAAAGGUUCUUUGGCAAAGGAAAGAAGGAUGGAGGACCUGGAGUUGAGGAAGUAGAACACAUUGAAUCACUUUUCACCAUGCUCUUCCAUCUUAAUGCAUUUGCUUUGUCGGAUUACCUGCAAUGCUUAACAGCACUUGAUUUAGAUGGUCAUGAGAAGACUGUAAGUGAGGCUAUGAAGAUCGUUACCAGUUAUGCAGAUCCGAUCGUCGAUGAGAGACUACAGCAACUGAGAGAUGGGGAGAAGACGGAGGCUGAGGACUUGCUCGGCGCUUUCAUUUAG